GAGGCUGGUGGUGCCCUUAUACAACUCAACGUUUAACCUACUCACGCCGGCUUGUGCCCGCCCUAACAGUCGGCCAUAUUUGUGGAAUACACCACGCCGCCUUUGACCCUGGCCAUUGACCGAGCAACCCAACGUUCCUAUCAGAACCCUCCGCAGGAUUGUGUUUGUAUGGAGGACACAGACACAUGACGGGGUGUUGCGGUGACUCUUCUGCAUGGUCAUCGCGAUAAAUUUACACGUGAUGAGAAGCCACUUUGUUGAGCUGUCAUUGACGUGUGGCCAGGUCACUUCUGAAAAAUAUCUCCGUGGUUCUUACCUGAUAAAAUCAUCAAAUAAUACAUUAUUUAAAUGCAUGCCUAUUAAGGGCACCAUGCUUCUAUAGGGAUUGCCAUUCGUACGGCUAUUUUAAUACAUAAUAGUCAGGAAGGACAAGAUCAAAGGGCUCGCAUAAUGCACAUGCAUAAUGUAUGUUGACUCAUUAAUCCCCCCCCCUCCCCACUUUGCGCAAGAGCGCAGAAGCGUGGUCACCACAUCUACGCCUCUAUAUAAAGGAACGAAACAACUCGAGGAGGUUGGCCCCUUCCGUGCUCAUGGAUCCGUUUGCUAAGCGGGACGAUGAGAAUUCUGGCAGUACGAUCUGGCUGCCAGUGAAAGUGGAGACUCAAGACAACAAUCACGGUAAAGUAGCAGACAUUCUCAUUAAAGAGGAGAAUAUUCAGGCUGAUGGGAGGAGUCUGGACAUCAAACAGGAGAACUCAAGCACCAAUGGCCGAGAACUUCACAUCAAACGAGAGAAGCGGCAGAUUGAACGACAGGACCUGCACAUUGUGGAGGUCGACCUUAAAGAUCUGCUGGUUGGCAAUGGUUCAUCUGUGAGACCUGGAGAGUCACGGGCCUCACGGGGAGACUGUGCAGCAUCAUCAGGCAUAGCGGAGAUCGAAGUGGAGGUGGACGACGAAGGAACAGUUGUGAACGAUGGCCUGGAGAUACACUCCCAAGCAAAUGCCCCGACGACAAGCACCAGAGAGAGGCCACACAAAUGCUCCGUGUGCAGCAAGAGCUUUGUUCGUCCAUCGGAUCUGAAGAACCAUAUGAUGAGUCAUACGGGAGAGAAGCCGUACAAGUGCUACAUGUGUGAGAAUGCUUUUGUUACCGCAUCAAAUCUCAAGAAUCACAUGAGCAUCCACAAUGGAGAGAAGCCGUACAGGUGCUCUGUGUGUGGCAAGGGAUUCAAUCGCUCAUCAACCCUUGCGACCCACGCCACGAUUCACGCCACGGAGAAACCACACAUAUGCCCCGUGUGCGGAAAGGGAUUCAGUCGACCAUUUGCUUUGAAGUGCCAUGUGGUGAUUCAUUCGGGCGAUUGCCCGCACAAGUGUGCAUUGUGUGGAAAGGAAUUUAGAAAGGAAAUGCAGCUCCAGGACCACAUGAGGAACCAUACUGGAGAGUGGAGCCAUAGGUGCUCCGUGUGUGGGAAGGGGUUUAGUCGCUCAUUUGUACUGAAAACUCACAUGAUGACCCACACGGGAGAGAGGCCACACAAGUGCCCCGUCUGCGGAAAGGGAUUCGGCCGCUUGUCAACACUUCAGAACCACGCCACUAUGCACACCGGAGAGAAGGUGCACAAGUGCCUCGUGUGUGGAAAGGGAUUCAGUCGGCCAUCAGCCAUUAAGAGUCACAUGAUGAUCCACACGGGCGAGAGCCCACACAAGUGCUCAAUGUGCGGAAAGGGAUUCACGGAGUCGGUGCAGCUCAAGAGGCACAUGAGGAACCAUACGGGAGAGUGGCGCCACAGGUGCUCCGUGUGCCAGAAAGGGUUUAUUCGCCCGUCAGAACUGAAGAAUCACAUGAUGACCCACACGGGAGAGAGGCCACACAAGUGCUCUGUGUGUGGGAAGGCCUUUAAGCAAUACACAGCCUUGAAAAGUCACAUGAAGACCCACACGGGAGAAAGACCACACAAAUGCUCUCUGUGCGAGAAGGACUUUAAGCAGUGUACAGGCCUGAAGAGUCACAUGUUGACCCACACGGGAGAGAGGGCAUACAAGUGUUCUGUGUGUGAGAAGGACUUCAUCCACUCUACAUCCCUGAAGAGUCACAUGAAGACCCACUCGGGAGAGAAACCAUAUAAGUGUUCUGCAUGUAAGAAGGACUUUAGGCACUCUACAACCCUGAAGAAUCACAUGAAAACACACACGGGAGAGAAACCACAUGUGAUCUGUGUGUGGGAAUAGUUUUAAUUAAUAAAGCCUUAAAAUACACAUUAUGACCACAGUGGAGAUCGCGAUCCAUGUGGGAACGGUUAUCAAACACAAUGACGGUUAUCAAACACAAUGACAUAUAUUGGCCGUUAAAAUAGCUACACUACUUGGAUGUAAAGAUUAAGAAACCUCUACGUAAGAAGUUGUAUACAACGACCAGUGUCGGAGGCUGUAUGUGCCGAGGGAUGGCAAGGCUCACAGUACUGGUUAGGGAGCUACUCCUAUUAUGCCAGAACAUCUGCAAUCAUCAAAAUACUCGACUAAAUUGAAUUGCAGGGUGAGGCCUUAUCCACCUGAGUAAUAAAGCUUAGACAGGCAUUCUGAAGUAGAAAGGGAUCCCAUCAAGACAGCGUUAUUGACAAAAGAGUUUGCAAACUAACAGAAGAGAUUUUAUUUUGAGCAAAAUUAAGAGUCCAGAAAAAAACUACUCGAGAACCACAGUGCAUUUGAAAAUGAAGUUCCAGAGGAAUGAAUUUCUCGAUAAAGAUUUCCCACAUGGAUAUAGAUUAGAAAUGGGCAAAUGAGUCCCAUCAAAGGACACGGGAGUACCCAAAGGAAAUCCACAGACACGAGGGGAUGACACUCAAAUGCCCACGUAGAUGACUUCGACUAAUUUCUUGUAAUUCCACCUAUCCAUCUUAUGGCCCAAUUGGGUUUGGUAGUCGUGUGUCUGCAUAAUCAACAAACUAUUGCCUCAAAUGUUAGAUUACAGGUGUGAGCCACAAUACAUUCUAUUAACUUUGAUGUAACUACACA